CGCACGGCCGGAGAGACGCGGAGGAGGAGACAUGAGCCGGCGGGUGCCCAGACGGAGCGGCCGUGACGCGUUAGCGCCGCAGCCGCGCGCCCCGAACCCGGAGCGCUGAACCCUGGCCCCACGCAGCCCCGCGCCCCUGCUGGAGAGCUUAACCCGACUUCCAGCCCCGCUGCGCAGGCUGUCCGCGGACUGAACCGGGCAGCCAGCCUCCCGCAGACGCCCGGACGGCCGGUCAGCAGUGAGCAAGCUUCCCCGCACCAGCCGGACGCCUUCUGCACAGCGGCUGCCGACCCGCAGCCUCUGCGCCAGCCCGGAGGGCGCAGCGCUCGGGAGGAGCCGCGCGGGGCGCUGAUGCCGCAGGGCACGCGGCGGAGCGCCCCGGAGCAGCAGAGUCUGCAGCAGCAGCAGCCGGCGAGGAAGGAGCAGCAGCAGCGGCGGCGGCGGCGGCGGCGGCGGCGGAGGCGCCCGGUCCCAGCCGCGCGAAGCGGACAUGUGCAGGCUGGGCUAGGAGCCGCCGCCUCCCUCCCGCCCAGCGAUGUAUUCAGCGCCCUCCGCCUGCACUUGCCUGUGUUUACACUUCCUGCUGCUGUGCUUCCAGGUACAGCCUACUGGGGCCAAAAGACAAAACCCAGAUAAGUGCGGGAAAGAAGCACAAAGCAUGGUGGAAGGAGGGAGAGUCACAGAGCUUCAGAAAGGGGUCCAGGAAGGCCUGCAUGAGGAGGUACUGGCUGCUGAGGACAACGUGGACUUCCGCAUCCACGUGGAGAACCAGACGCGGGCUCGGGACGAUGUGAGCCGUAAGCAGCUGCGGCUGUACCAGCUCUACAGCCGGACCAGUGGGAAACACAUCCAGGUCCUGGGCCGCAGGAUCAGUGCCCGCGGCGAGGAUGGGGACAAGUAUGCCCAGCUCCUAGUGGAGACAGACACCUUCGGUAGUCAAGUCCGGAUCAAGGGCAAGGAAACGGAAUUCUACCUGUGCAUGAACCGCAAAGGCAAGCUCGUGGGGAAGCCCGAUGGCUCCAGCAAGGAGUGUGUGUUCAUCGAGAAGGUUCUGGAGAACAACUACACGGCCCUGAUGUCGGCUAAGUACUGUGGCUGGUACGUGGGCUUCACCAAGAAGGGGCGGCCGAGGAAGGGCCCCAAGACCCGGGAGAAUCAGCAGGACGUGCACUUCAUGAAGCGCUACCCCAAGGGGCAGCCGGAGCUUCAGAAGCCCUUCAAGUACACGACGGUGACCAAGAGGUCCCGUCGGAUCCGGCCCACACACCCUGCCUAGGCCAUCCCGCCGCGGCCCCUCGGGUCGCCCUAGCCACACUCCCACUCCCAGAGAACUGCAUCAGAGGAAUAUUUUUACAUGAAAAAUAAGGAAGAAGCUCUAUUUUUGUAUAUUGUGUUUAAAAGAAGACAAAAACUGAACCAAAACUCUUGGGGGGAGGGGUGAUAAGGAUUUUAUUGUUGACUUGAAACCCCCGAUGACAAAAGACUCAUGCAAAGGGACUGUAGUCAACCCACAGGUGCUUGUCUCUCUCUAGGAACAGACAACUCUAAACUCGUCCCCAGAGGAGGACUUGAAUGAGGAACUGACACUUCGAGAAACCAAAGUCUUUUCCCAAAGGUUCUGAAAGGAAAAAAAAGAAAAAGAGAAAAUAGUACUCUACCCACCAACAAACUCCCCCUGACUUUCCCAGUCCUCUAUCCCUGCCCCAAACUCCAACAAAAAUCGCUCUCUGGUUUGCAGUCAUUUAUUUAUUGUCCACUGCAAGCUGUCCCGAGACACCGCGCAGGGAAGGCGUGCCCCUGGGAAUUCUCCGCGCCUCGACCUCCCGACGACAGACGCCUCGUCCAAUCAUGGUGACCCUGCCUUGCUCGCAGUUCUGGAGGAUGCUGCUAUCGACCUUUCGUGACUCACGUGACCUAGUACACCAAUGAUAAGGGAAUAUUUUAAAACCAGCUAUAUUAUAUAUAUUAUAUAUAUAUAUAUAUAAGCUAUUUAUUUCACCUCUCUGUAUAUUGCAGUUUCAUGAACCAAGUAUUACUGCCUCAACAAUUAAAGACAACAGACAAAUUAUUUAA